GGAGAAUAGACGAGAGAGGUAAACCAGAAAAGCGGAGGAGAACGGGAGUGGGUGCUGACAUCUGAGGUAGGAACCUCAUCUGAAUGUGAGAAGCACCUCUUCCUGCAGAGAUACAGAACAGAUUUCUUGAGUGCUUCCAUGGUGAUAUACUCAGCUUGUGCUGAUUGGCCGAAAUCUUGAUGAUGCGCUGAUUCUAUACCAUGGCCCAGGAGGCUCUGUGGAAAUACCCACAAUCCUCAGCUCCCUGAUUUACAUUGGCAGUGUCUCCGGCUCAACGAGAAAACCUGUGCAAGCCAUGAUGUCAGUCUGCGUGCCCUCACCACGUAACUCCUCCCCCUCUGUGGAUGUAGCUAAUUGCAACAGAUCCUCUGCAACUCCGCCCACAUCCCUCAGCCUGCAUUCCUCACACAAUCAACUGCUUAGUGGUGAUGUCAUCAAACAGGGCCAGGCCACGCCCCCGAAGUGCCGGAAGAAAUAUGCACUCACGAGCAUUCAGAGUGCGAUGGGACUCUCCGAAGGUGUGACGCCACCGUCGUCAUCUUCAGCGACUACUAAACUGGCCAAAAAUGGUGUGAAUCAGUUACGUAAAGCUGCGGAGCGACAGGAUCACAACAAGAACACUACCGAAGAAGACGAAGAUGGAAACACAGCUGGCGAAUCAGAGCUCAGCAUCGACGAUGAGUUGAGGAAUGUUGAGGAAUUCAGCCUCGACAGCAAGUCUAACGCUGACGACGUUCACAGUGACUUUGACCAGAACAACGAGCUUGUUGACGAGGAAAUAAAUGAGUUAAUUGAUGAUGACGCUAAUGAGGAGGAUCGCGUGGAGAAUUGUGACGACCUGCUCAUUCUGUCCGAGAAAACGGAGAUUGUUUCAGACAGGAAGUCGCCCGAGCAUAUUAAGACCAAGAGUUACCUGGAGUCAUGCCUGGAUGACCUGUCAUACGAACUGUCUGACACGCAGGAUGAGAAUGUCACUAAGCCUUUGCUGAAGAAAGAGAAGAAUCCCUGUCCCUCGUCUCCAAGGAAACCGCACAGCCCUGAGGACACGCCCCUCCUGUCUAUCGGCUCUUCAUCUUCCUCUUCCUCACCGGAGACGAAAAAAGACAGACCACGGACGGGAGCCAAGACAGACCGGGCACUAAACCGCAUCCAGAACCUUCCACACAGUGACGAGGAGUCCAGCUGGACCACGUUGUCACAGGACAGUGCAUCCCUGGGCUCACCAGAAGAGAGCGAUAUCUGGGGGGAGCAGUCAUUUCAGACAGACCCUGAUUUGCCUCCAGGAUGGAAGAUGAUGACAGACAUGGCUGGCAUUUAUUACUGGCACAUUCCUACAGGCACCACGCAGUGGGAGAGACCCACCCCAUGCCAUCCGGUGCCAACUGGACCCAGCCAUGCCAGCCGCAAACACUCCCUGGGCUCCCUGUCACCCUCGCCCACUCCAGACCACGAGUCGAUGUCUCACGCCCACGUGUUUUUCGAAGCAUCUAGUCGUUCAGGCAGCACCACUUCUGACAGCUCGUCUGACCCCGCCCCCAUCCCGUCUUCUUCAUGUCUGGAACCAACCCCUAUCCUGUCCUCAAACUCUUCUUCAUCCUCUGACGGCAAUGUUCCUUCCUGUGGAUUCGUCAACAGCUGCUACUUUCCUCGGUCCUCAUCCCUACAGAUAAUGUCAGGGAAGGAUAGACACUCUGAGGCACGCCAUCGGGAAGAGGACAAGAAACAGCCAUGGAGUGAUUUUGCACUGGGAAAGAUUGAUAGUGAGAUCUGGAAGGAUCUACAGGCGGCCACAGUAAACCCUGACCCUAGUCUGAAAGAGUUCGAAGGCGCAACUCUCCGCUACGCCUCCCUCAAGCUACGAAACCCUGCUCCUGUGGAAGAGGAAGAUUCCAGCAGCAUUAACAGUGACCCUGAAGCCAAGUGUUUUGCUGUGCGCUCUCUCGGCUGGGUAGAGAUGGCUGAGGAGGAUUUGGCUCCGGGUAAAAGCAGCGUCGCUGUUAACAACUGCAUCCGUCAACUGUCCUACUGCAAGAAUGAUAUACGAGACACUGUGGGCAUCUGGGGAGAGGGGAAGGAUAUGUACCUCAUUCUGGAGAAUAACAUGCUGAAUCUGGUUGACCCGAUGGAUCGAAGCGUUCUACACUCUCAGCCAAUCGCAAGCAUCCGUGUGUGGGGCGUAGGCCGCGAUAAUGGAAGGGAUUUUGCAUAUGUAGCACGAGAUAAGGACACCCGGAUAUUAAAAUGUCAUGUGUUCCGCUGUGACACCCCUGCCAAAGCCAUCGCCACCAGUCUGCACGAAAUCUGCUCCAGGAUCAUGGCAGAGCGCAAGAAUGCCAAAGCUAUGGCUGGAGGAUCUCUACAGGACAGAACACAUUCUGGGCUCGACGUCCCACUACAAGCAGAGUUCCCCACACCAAAGACUGAACUGGUGCAGAAGUUCCAGGUGUUAUACGUUGGCAUGAUGCCAGUUGCCAGACCUAUAGGCAUGGACAUUCUCAACGGUGCAAUAGACAGUUUGAUGACAUCAUCAAUCCGAGAAGACUGGAUUCCUGUGAAACUGAAUGUAGCUGACGCAACAGUCACAGUCAUCAAAGAAAAGGAGGAAGAGGAGGUCCUAGUAGAGUGUCGUGUGCGUUUUCUGUCAUUCAUGGGAGUUGGAAAAGAUGUGCAUUCAUUCGCGUUCAUCAUGGAUUCUGGGAGCCAGCACUUUGAGUGUCAUGUGUUUUGGUGUGAUCCCAAUGCUGGCAGUGUGUCAGAGGCUGUUCAGGCAGCGUGCAUGUUGAGGUAUCAGAAGUGUCUGGUGGCACGCCCUCCAUCUCAGAAAGCCUGCUCACAGGCACCCCCUGCUGAUUCAGUCACACGCCGUGUCUCCACCAGCGUCAAACGUGGAGUUCUGUCCCUCAUCGACACGCUCAAACAGAAGAGACCAGUCACUGAGCUCAACCAGUGAUCUGACACACGAGCACGCACACUCACCGUCACGCUCUGCAUGCUUAAAACUAUCAGAAUGUCCUGUACAUACCUGUCGGGGGCGAAAACGGUCUGAAAAUCAGUAAUUAUGAAAUGAGCUGAUGCCAAGAAAAUUCACCCUUUACUCGCACACUAACACACACCUAGUCCACUAUCUACAAGCCUCUCUCUUCCGUCUCAUGCGAUUAUCUGCAUGGGAAGCCACGCCACUCCAGCAUGACUGAAACCAACAGGCUCCGCCCAUCUAUAAGAUCCACCCUAUCAGGACAAAGCCUACUCAAAGAGAUUUGUGUAAUUCAACAAGAACAAACAAGGCUGCUUCACUCAACAGAGCUUCUUCAUAGACCAUAUGUGUGUGCGGGUGUGUAGAGGAGCUUGCUGCUGCUUCAUUUGCUAAAGGAUGUUCAUAAGUGUCAUAAAAGCUAUUUUUGUUGCAUUCUUUAUUAUCCUGAGAGAAGAAUGGGUGGAUGAGAGGAACUGUGCUCUGUGUUCCAUUCAAAGUUGGAUGACGGAUAUUCUUACUUGAUAUCUUCUGACCAAGUUGCUCCAGUGUUCAGUGCUCAAAAGAUGAGGUGUGAAGGUUGCGGUAACAUUAGCGAUAUUUUGGUGACAUUUCGGUCCGUUGCUAAUUGUCAGUAGUGCAGCGACGUAUGAAGCACAACUUGCAUAAAAGCUACAAUUGGUCAACACAGUAAAUUCAUAUUAACAACUUGCGAAAUCGAAUAAUUUGGAUACCUAUUGGAACAAAGGUAAACGUGACCGCACCUUAAGGCAACAAAACAACACUAUAUUAGCAGUGCAUUAGUUCAGCGUCAACAAUGAAGUCUUCUAGCAACCAAAUUACUGAGAAUAAAUGCGCAAGUUGGAAGUUCAACUUCAAGUGAAGUUCGUUUGCGCUUUUCCAAGUAGGAAAUUCCAGCUUUUUGAGUUGAGUGAAACAACAUUAACAUCGAAGCUUUCACCAAAUGGUUUUGUUUUCUUCAAGAAGCUCUGCUGACACGUUCAUCUUCACCUGAAGUUGAUGAGGAGGCUUGGAAAAGAUGCCAAUAUGAAACAGACUUGCUCUGCAUUAACACCGCUGGAAGGACACGACCUGUUCAGUGUGUAGAUGUAAAGUAUGAAUGUGCUUUUUAUAUUUCCAAAGUGAAAUUGCCUUUUUGUUUUUUCUUUGAAAGAGAGAAUGUUGUGGAAGAGAACUGAAUUACUCAUGGAGCAAAAUACAGGAGGCGGGAAGAACUUUGUCUAGAGUCAAACCCUUCAGUCGUGUAAAUUCUGCUUUGAACCCCAGCGUAGUGCUUGCUUCCUCCAGAGGCUCUCCAGUGACUGAAAGUCAAAAAUACCUGACUAAUAGAAACUAUCUGCAUCACAUCCAAGUUAGUGAAAAACUACAAUGUCUAUGAAGAGCUAUUUCAGUUCCAGCAUCCAUUCCUCACGUUUGGAUGCCAUUAGUGGCUCUAUGUGUCCUGGUUGUGCUUCACAAACGUUUUAUUUUUAUUUUUUUGACCCGCACGCACCUACGUGGUCUUGCUGUGCUCUGGCGUGCCACCUGUAGUCCUAGACUUACCCUUUCUUUCACAAGGGUUUUGACGAGUCACUUAUGUGUGUACAUAUAGUAUCUAUAUAUAGCAAACAUCAUAUCAAGGCUUUAUUUUUUCAAAUUUCAGAUACUUUUAUUUUGUCGCUUUUUUUUUUUUGGUUUUGUUUAUUUUGGUCAUACUUGCCUGGGCAUGUCUUGUGAUCCCGUUUAUUCUGGCCAUGCUGUAAAAAAAAUCAUGUAUGUGUUGUAGAUAAACCAACUGAUAAAACAGAAAAGAAGAAGAGUGAAAGAUGGUAGAGAUUGUGAAUACGAAUUUAUUUUAUGGUCCUUUUUAGGAGAGCUAGCUCUAGGGGAGGAGAUGUGAACUGUAAGUGUCUAUCUAUGCAUUCUUUUAGCUCUGAGGAAGAUUUGAGAGGAAAAAAAAGACACAUUGCCUUGCAUGUCCUGCGACAAUUUAAGAAAAACUGUACUGAACAGAAAUGAUAUUUUUUAUUUGAUUUAUUCUAUUUUAUAUCGGUAUAUACUGGUUUCAUUGUGAUGUAUCAUAGACAUUCUUUACCCUGUAUUGAACAACAAAUCAAACACGAAAUGUCAAUUCAAAUCACUGUACAGUUGCUCUGGUGACCCUCAAAGAGUUGUGUAUCUCAGACGCUGACUGCCAUCGUAACAUAACAUUUGAAAGGCCUUUGUAGGACCUUUACAUUCUGCCCAAACCAACAUUAGACAUAGGUAUAGGCUAGUAUACGCUAUAUGGCCAAAAGUAUGUAUGGCUAUUUGACUAUUUCAUUUGCAACAGGUGCAUAAAAUCAAACAAUCAAUCUCCUUUUGGACCCUUGAGAAAUCUCAAAACCCUUAAUGCUUUUUUUAAAAACGUGGCGCCCAACGCAGGGUCUCCCCAGAGGGAACCUUGAUAUCAAUUUGAUGUCAAAUAUUAGUCAAGACUUGAUCAAGAUGCUGUAACAUUAUUUUAAAUUCAGUUUGGACUGCAGUUUCUUGGGUGAAAAUAGGAAGUUAAUCCCACACUGAAAUUGGUUUAAUGCAUAUGUAGGUCAAUAUGUUUGACAUUCAAUUUACAUCAAAUCAAUGUCAUGUCAAGUUUUUGAUGUCAGUUUGAUUUGCAUAUUUGAUCUGGGGUUUUUUUUACGUUAGUUUUGAUGUCUUUUCAACAUCAAUUGCCCACUGGGUCAAGACAAGUUUUAACAAUGCGUUUUAAUGCAAUACAGAUUGUUUCAAAGCAGCUUUAUGGUUUUAGACAAGGAAAUAGUGAUGCAAACAAAAUUAAAGCAGCUCUAAAAAGAUAAUAGUGAUUAUUUAGUUGAAAACAGUUCAUUAUUGAUUCAGUUUGGUUCAAUAACUGUAAAGUCCAUUAAUUAUAGCUUGAUGCAUUUUAAAAACACAGUGCCCAUGCGUGAGACACUAAAAGACAUGGCUAAUAAUGCAUAUUUACAAUAGCAAAACAAUUAAAAAGCCUUGCAGUGAAACAUUUUUAGCAUAAUACAGUAGGAUGCAAUGGAAGCUGUUAUAAUGUCCUAUUAAUGAUUUGUAUGAUUUAUAUUAUAUUAGACAUCCAUUUGGUCAAUUAGUGUAUGUUCCAAAAUGUCAAUUUAAACAAAUUUCCUCAACAGACACAUUCAUCAAGACUGUUACAAUCAGAUUUUACCACAUUUAAAAUUUCAUCAAGACCAUUACAAUCAGAUUUUAUCAAAAUUAGAGCACAUUUGUUUGGGCAGUAUGUAGAUGUUUAGCUAGCUCAACUAUAACCAUUACUCCUGUAUCCUGACCACACGAGGCCUCUGCUUUCACCCUGCUAAUCAGAGUUUGAGAUGGUGAAAUAAGUGUCAUCUGUAUAAAGAUGUUAAAAUUACGUGAUAUGAAAUCAAUCUGUCUGUGUACUGCACCCCUUCAGUCUCCCCCUCUUAAGAAGUGCAUGUUGGUUUUUGUUCAGUUUUAUUUUUCAUGUGAAUUUCACUCUGUGAUGUUGGGUCUUAUACAACUCACUGUUUUCUUUUGAAUUAUUUUUUGUUUGUUUUUUUGGAGGGGUUCACAGUAAAUAAGCAUCAAUCACACUUUAUGUUUCAAAAUGAAUUCAGUGGCAACUGGCAAAGUCAGCUGUGACACGCAAAACCAGAAAGAGGGAGGAGGCUUAUGGGUAAUGUAGUCCAGUACAAUAAUUCAGCAUAGAAUCGGCAUUCUCAUGUUAGCCAAGAAUAGUGUGUUUGACUCUAGUGUUCUUGCAUGGUGAAUCACUCUGAUCGACGAUUAUCAGGGGAAAUCUCAUCACAAGGAUUAACAAGCUAAGAAUUAACACUACUGGUGAAAUACACUCAAACACACGUUUUUGUGGAAACGUUGGC